AUGUUCAACCCGCUGUAUCUUCUCGCCCCGCCCGUCCUGAUCGUGGCUUCGCUGCCACUGGUCGCCCUGGCCGUCGUCACCACCUCGCUAGCCGUCGUCACCCUGCUGAUCCGCGUGUCCAUUGUGUAUUUCGAGCUGGGCGUCGCUCUCGUCCACAGCUGGCUGUUCGCCUCCAGCCAUCCGGUCGCCUACGACAAGCAUCGCUCCCGAGCCUCAUCUGGCUACUCGACGCCUACUCGCCACCACCGCCGCCGCCGGAGCAGUGCCGCCAGCCUGAUCGCCGCCGACCAGCCCCUGCCACGCCGACCGCCCACCAAGAGCGAGAGUUUCGCCUCGCUGGUCAGCACCGCCGGCCCCAACCGCGACUUUGAGGGCAUCGGCGGCUGGCGCAUGUCCGGCGACGGCGAGGAAGAGGCGCUGUGGAUCGGCAUGAACUCCAGGCUUGAGCUCCCGACAGCUCUUCCCGACAAGCAUCGCAGGCAUCAACGAUCGCUCACCGGCGGGAGUCAGCGAUGGUCCUGGAGUCCCGAGGCCAUUCGCAUGUCGCCCGUGCAAAGCCGCGCCCGCACGCCCAACGGCCCCGAAUGUCCUGGCAGCCCGGACGAAUACUUCACCAUGCACCAUUACAAGAGGGCUGGGUCGUCGUGGGAUGCCAUCAGUCGCAGCGAUGAGCGGAGGAAAAGCUCGGGCGGGUCCAGCACCUGUUCGACCAGCAGCUCCGGCCGCACUCCUCGGACGGCUACACGGAGUUCUUUGUACGGUUGA